CGCUCACACUCAGCCUCACAGGUUGCUGUACGUGCGCGUAACCGGCUGUGCGUGCGCGCUCCGGACCCGGAAGGAAGCUGCGGUGGCGGCUGAGAGUCAGCUGGAUGGGGAGGGGGAAGGCUGCUUGCUGGUAGCAGUGUAGGCUCGCAACUACGGAGGCCAUGAGCUCCACUUUGCCGGUUUCCCGCGGGAGGGAUGUUUUGUCCGUUCUGGGCCCUUCUGUGUCCGUGCCUCCGGGGGUCGGAAUGGUGCCGGGGCCUGGAGCCCGCUCAUUGCAUGUGGAGCUUCACACACAGCAGAGGCGCCUCCGUCACUUAAGGAAUAUUGCAGCUCGGAACAUUGUGAAUAAAAAUGGAUAUCGACUCCUCGACACUUACUUUACCCUUCAUUUGUGCGAUGAGAAAAAGAUUUACAGAGAAUUCUAUAAGAGCGAAGUAGUAAAAGACUCUCUGAAUCCAACAUGGCGGAGCCUUGAUUUUGGGCUGAUGCCAGACCGCUUGGACACAUCCGUAUCGUGCUUUGUGGUGAGGAUAUGGGGUGGGAAAAAUGACGUCUGCCGGCUGCUGAUAGAAUGGAAAGUGAAUCUGGAUGGGCUGAAGUACAUCGGCCCGCAGAUCCAUGCCUGUAACCCAAACGAAAUCAUUUUUGGCCUUAACGAUGGGUAUUAUGGGGCAGCGUUUGAGAGCAAGAAUCAUUCUGAGUUACAGAGGAACAGCCAUCUCCAAGUGGAUCAGAGCGCAGUUCGAAAUUCCUAUGGUGUCUUCUCUUUGCUAAGACUCCACCGGGCUCAGUGUGCAAUCAAGCAGACGCAAGUGACCGUUCUAAAAAUUGGAAAAGAGAUCGAAGAAAAACUCCGACUGACCUCUUCUUGCAAUGAACUGAAAAAAGAGAGUGAAUGUUUACGCCUCAAAAUACUGGUGCUUCAAGAUGAACUGGAGAGGCAGAAGAAAUCCUUGGGACGGGAGAUGGAAAUUCUGCAGAAGGAGCAGAGGUUACUAAAUGACAGACGCAAUGUGUUUAAUGUUGAUCGCGAGAAGCUGCAGAAACAGAAUGAAACACUCGGCGAGUUAAGGAAAGAAUGCACUGCGAAACGGGAGCAGUUUUUAAAGACCAACGCUCAACUUACGAUUCGCUGCCGGCAGUUGCUGUCUGAGCUCUCGUAUAUUUAUCCGGUUGAGGCACCCGACCAAAAAGAUUAUUUCAUAUGUGGUGUGAAGCUGCCGAAUUCCGAGGAUUUUCAAGCAAAGGAUGAUGGGAGUGUGGCUGUAGCAUUGGGCUACACAGCCCAUUUGGUCUCCAUGAUUUCCUUCUUCCUCCAGGUACCUCUACGUUAUCCCAUUCUCCACAAGGGCUCCAGGUCUGCCAUCAAGGACAACAUCAAUGACAAGCUGACGGAGAAGGAAAGAGAGUUUCCUUUGUAUCCGAAAGGUGGAGAAAAGCUUCAGUUUGACUAUGGAGUCUAUCUCCUCAACAAAAAUAUUGCCCAGUUAAGAUAUCAGUAUUCGCUGGGCACCCCCGAUUUACGCCAGACUCUUCCAAACCUAAAGACCUUCCUGGAACAUGGCUUGAUGGUUAGAUGUGACCGGCAUCAUAUGUCAAGUGCUAUCCCUGUUCCAAGAAGACCCACAAGCUCUACUUUUGUAAGUCAAGAUGUUGGGUUUUCCAGUAGGACUCCCACCCCUGACAAAGGACUGAGAAAACGAGCCAGCUCUGAGAACGAGAACACCCAGUAUAAAACACCACCCCCUAGCUACAAAGCCGCCUUGGCAGAACCCAUUGCCAUUUUAGUUCCAGCAAAGGAACCCGAAAAAAGACCCGUAGCCUCAUCUCUGGAUGCAAGUGUAAACAUUUCAAAGGAAGCAAGCAGCAAGGAGAGCCUUAAUAGCGAUGGUAUAACCAAUGGCAGUAAUGACCAAACCCAAGCCAAGCCUUUCUCCGAAACCUCUAGUGCAAUGAACGGAACUUUACUGCAAGGCGAAUCUGUUGCCUUUGUCAGCGGGGAGAUUCCCUGCAAUUCCCAAAGCAACGACUUGCGUUGCACCGUGGAACAGGCGGAGGAGAUAGUUGGCACAGAAGCAGCAGACUUUGCUACAGGAGACCAGCUGGAAGCGUUUAACUGCAUACCCGUGGACCACGCCGUGGCGGUGGAAUGCGAUGACCACGUUUUGGGGGAAUUCGAAGAGUUCUCCCGGAGAAUUUAUGCACUGAACGAAAACAUGUCCAGCUUCCGCAGACCAAGGAAAGGUUCUGAGAAAUAAAGCUUUAAGAAGCUUUGCUACCAACUCAACCAAUCGUUUGUAUUUAUUUAAACAAAUACUGACCAUGUUCAAGGCUAUUUUUUUGGGGGGGUGGUAAAGAAUUUAAGAACAUGGACUUAAAUAUACAGACUAAACGAAUACAGACUUAUUUUUACUGUAAAAACGCAGAUUUUUGCAGCGUCGUUUACGCUUCCAUCUCCGCUGUUUCUUUUGUUGCGAAUUUCUUCCUGCAUGCCUUGUCUAACAUGUCGCAUAUUUCAGUUUGAAGGAUCCAAAUCAUUUUCGGCUGAACAGAUCCAUAGCAUAGCAAAGUAGUAUGUUAGACGUCAAGCCGAUCAUUUUGUCAGUUUACCCUGAACAGUGUAAAAUACAUGUUGAGAAAAGAAACUCACGUGCGAUCUUCUUGACAUUUGAGUUGAAGAAUCUUUUUUUUUUUUGUUUUUUUUGUUUUUUUUGUUUUUGGUUUUGUUUUUAAAACCUAAACUGAGGUAAAAACAAAAUGGCGCCCCUUUGUUGUCUCUUCACAAACCGUUCAUCGUAACUAGUUUACUGGCCACAUAACGGUUUCAUUGGUUUCCCAUUUCUGUGAUAUCUUCAUAUCUUCAUCGCAUCCAGUUCGAGGGAAAGCUGUCCAUACAUGAAAGCAGUCACGACCAUCAAGACCGUCGCCUUACAGAGAUUGGCCAUUAGACAGCCAAUGUGCAGGAAAGACAGCAGGCUAGGGUUUGUAUUGUACUAUUAUUAUUGCAAGGUUGGCACUUUGUCAUUCAAAAAAGGGGUCAAGUCCGACAUUUUCAAACCCACUGGUAACGGACCAGCGUCCUUGGCAUAAUAAUAUCUAUCCAGAUCUAUCUUGACGUUUCAGAAAUAUCUGACUUUUCAAAUAAAGGGCAGGGUUGGACUGGGCCCCCCAAGGUACGCGUCCCCUGUUAAGGGCCCCCGCCGGACGUCCUCCCCUGAAUGCACGUUUGUAAACGCAUCAGGGGAGGACAUCGGCAGAAAGGGAAGCGUCAACAGGGUCGGCUCUGUGCCGCUGGGGCCCACAAGGGCCGGGACCCACCGGGUAUUUUCCCGGUGUCCCGGCGGCCCAGCCCGACCCUGAUAAAGGGUAGUGGGGGCCCACCGGGUAUUUUCCCGGUGUCCCGGCGGCCCAGUCCAACCCUGAUAAAGGGUAGUGGUGGAAGGCGUUGCUCCCGAUAAAAUCUGAAAUUCUCUGAAAUAACAGCAAGUGGCAUCCAAUGGCAGUGUCUGCCAUUUUGACAUUGAUAAUUAAGAAGAGGCUAUUAUUUUAACGUAUAUGAAGGGAGCUGCAACUUCAUAAAACAGGGGCAAAGGCCCAGCAUCUGCUUCUUUAUUAGUGCCCCCAAUUGGCACCAGUUUUACCUUCAUAAAGGUAAAAAAAAAUAAAAACCGCUUUCAUUGAGCGGGGCAGACUUACAGAUUAUUGCAAAAUGGAACUUUUUAAUGCAGAAAAUGUUUAAUUAGCCACUUGCUAAGAGGCUGUUUGGAACAUAAACAGUAUUAAUUUGUACAUUGCAUUGCUAUUUAUAUUAACCACAUGUUAAAUGCUGCUUUUAUUCAGGAAAGGAAAAGGUUAUGUAACACCUUGUCUGUGCUCCAUUACUCUUAAUGUGCAUAUUACGUUUUAGGAACGCACAUUUCACAACUCUCCGAUAUAUAUAUUUCUUCUGUUCUGUAUUUUAACAAGACACUGCUGAAGAGAGAUGGGUAGGACAAACCGUAUCCCAACAUUUACAUCAUGUGAUCAAGGGCCCGCGGGCCAGAACCAACAGGGUCUCUGUGCACAGAUCAGACCUGACCCAUACAGUACUACCCGCCAUGUCCUAAAUUAAAUAUUAAAACCACGGGGUUCCCUUCCGUGCAUGUCACUUUGUUUCCGAGCCCUUCUGAUCAAUCCUGUACUCAUUAAAAAUCAUCAAUUGUAUUUGAUUUCUUCAAUAAAAAUCUCAGGUUCCAUUCAACCAAA